UUCUGGGACACCACACAGCAAAAAUGCCAGUGUUGAUUUUUCAGUGUUAGUUGAAUUCAACAGAGUUCGGAGUCUGAUCAACACUUAAUCGAGUUAAAAUACCACAUCGGGAGUGGAUUCCUGAAAAGUGUUAGUGUGGAUUUUAGUUGUUACUGCAUUUUAACACUAUGAGUUUGGAAUUAGACCACACCCUCAUUUCCUGUGGAGCAGCGCAUUUCAGAAUCUUCUUCGGUCGCCAUCUUUUCUUGCUGCUGCGAUGUCAUCAUGUUGCUGAAAGUCAAGUACCAAAGUUCCAAGAAGUACAUACGGUUACAGCCAGGUUUCACAUACUUGGAGUUCAUCAGUGAAGUGAAAAACAAGUUUGGACUUCCUGAUGUUACUGAACUGCACAUUUUUGAUGAGACUGACACAGCGGUGGAGGAAGACAUCUUUCUUGAACUUAUAGAGGCCAAUCCUGACAUAUGCCUGACUGUAUGUGACAGUGCAGCAGGAGAUGCUCAUUCAACAUCAUCGUCCCUCACGGAUACCAUGUCUCUGUCCUCAAGUGACAGUGAUCUUCACAGAGAUUUGGGGAUCCCCGUUACUGGAAGUAGACUGAGCACUGGGGCCAAGAACAAGCCUACCACAGAAGUUUCAGAGUCAGAGGCUGCAAAAGAGAUGGUAGAAAAUGCAUUGCGCAUAAAACCUGGAGGUGAGGAUGUCUUGGAGGAGUACAAGUCUGAGAAAUCACUGCAGCAUCGCACGCGCAGGCAGCUUGUUAACAUACUAGCUAGUCACAUGACUGAGAUGCAUGGGAGGAUUCCUUCACGUAAGCAGAAAGAGAAGUAUGCCUUGGGAAUCAUUACACUUUUUCCUUCGCUGAAGGAUCCUUUUUCUCCAAAAGGCUAUGAGCACUUCUAUGAUGGAGAAAAAGGCACAGGAUAUUUAGCAUGGCGCCUCAAAACCAUGUCCAGGAGUAGAGAUCGGAGGCCAGAGAAGGUAGCCACAUCUCCUCAAGCGCAAGGACCAAACCGCAGAAGAUCAACAGUGACAGUGCCUCAACAGCUUGAUGGAGAUGCCUGCAGGGAGGCUGUAUCGUUUCUUCUUCACUGUAAUGAUGAGACAGUCAUCUUUGAAAAGAUGAAGAUGACCUUUCAACAUCGGCAGAACCUCGUGCAUGAUCCACAGAGAACGACAGAUGUCCUCAAAACCUUCCCACGAUUUUUAGACAUCAAGGGACUACUAAACCAAGACUUCCAACUGUUGUUUGGGGCUGAAACCGCAUCUAAGCUCCUUGAGAAGUGGGAAAUAGCGUUUAAACACAAGAUUAUUGAUGAGGCCCGACAUCUGACUCGAUCAGCUGAGGUGCACCAACUUCUGAAAGCUGCUGAGAAACUUGCAACAAAUGAUGAAACCAACUGGGACAGUGAUAUGGCUUCUCUGCUGCUCCUCCUUCAUUUGUUGCCACCCACUGCUGGUCGGAAGAGGACAAAAAUUAGUCCAUGUGAUGCUGUGGACAAAAUGGUGCACUUUCAUAAGUCAAACUGCAGCAUUGAUGAACACCUGCGGAAACGAGAGGGAAAGCAGCCAUACAUCCUUGCUGUGGGCCGCACCCAAAACAACAUCCAUCAGUUCUACAUUGUCGUGGACAAGCACCUUAUCCCCUGCCAAGCCACCAGCUCCUUGGGUGCUUUUGAUGAAUUGUUUAAAUCUCACUACGUUUUCAACCUGUCCUAUGAUGAGUCCCUGGUCCAGCUCUACACACACUGAUAAAAGCUAUUUUGGAGAGAGGUAUAUAUAAUCUAUGCAAAUCAUGUAAGAUUUACUCUAUUAUUGCACUCAGCCAAGGAAUUAUACAGUAAUGGGUUAAUUAUAUCCUUUUCUUAAGAGUAACAACAUUACAUUAAAAAAUGCAGUAAAAUAUACCCCCAAACCGUGAGUCUUAUGUUCCUAAUUGCGCAUGCGCCAGACCGCGCUUUUUGACUGAGCGGGACAGCAAGCAAAUUCUGGGUCCUUUCUUCAGCUUCCAUCAAACCCGAUCGAACCACAGAAGUGAAGGUAAGCUAUUUACAUAGGGUGAAUGAUAUAUAAUAGCGCAUGCAAAUUGUAAUUUUUGAAGUAAUGAGCUAUUACACUUUACUUGUAUUGCUUAGGUCUGUGUAAUGCACCAUUACUUGAAAUAAAACCUUGAAUCUGUUGCUGUCUGUUAACCGUCUAGACAACUGUCGGUAAGUUGCAAUGAAAUGUGUUCGUGGUGCGCUUUUUAUCAGUCAGCAUGCAUGACCAGUCCCGGACUGGUAAUCGGAACAAUGAGGUCGUGUCCAAAUUCAUGGGCUGAAUCCUCCUGAGGGCCCGGCCUUUGCGAGCUAUGUGGCCGGGUCCUCAGAAGGUCGGGUAGGCCGGAUGUAAACCUACGUUUAACCUGAGUAGCGAAAGACAGCGGUGAUCUGAAAAUGAUGUGCCGGGGGUUGUGCCGUUCUCGGCGGCUCUAGUGACACUCGAGCUCUCGGCUAGCUAUCGAGCUUGUGGGUAACAGACGUCUCCGAAAAUGUCGAAGCACUUGUGCAAAUAUGCGAUAUUUUGAUAAACUGAGCAGAUAUUUGAAAUUUACACACCCACAUUCUCGCCUGAAAAUAUGUUAAAAGUUUAUUAUGUGACCCAGAAAGAAUAAUAAGAGUAAUUUUAAAACGUAGUAGCGGCCGCCAUUGCCGGAAACUGGAGUUUGGCUGGGCCGCGCUAUGAAUUCUGGGAUAUGGUGGGCCACGAAGGACACACCCGACACAUCUUUCAAAUUCGGGGAAAAUGAGGACGCAUUGGUCAGAUUUCGGCGCGUCGGUGUGACGUAAUCGGUCUAUAAAUACGUUGGGAGGAUGCAGCCCAUGAAUUUGGACACCCCCAAUAAUUGCAAACUACUUUCCUUCCUUGAUGGAAAAGAAAAUGGACGUCAGACGAUCUUUAUUAUUAUUAUUUUUUUGAGAAAUGAGAGCGGCAGUCAUUAAGUUGUGGUGGCUCUGCUUCUGGGUCAACACAUAAAGCAGGUAAACAAACUUAAAUCCUGUAUGUCUUUGAAAUUCUAUGAACACUGGGCAGAUCAUUCCCAACAGCCGUGUUUUAAAACUCUUAAAAAACAGCUGUUGCAUCCGUCUGCGUCUCCCCAUUCAUCUUCACUGUACCUCGUCAUCCCGGAGAGCUCAAUGAAAGCUUUCUCCCAGCUGUAACUGGCGGUUUUGUUUUAGCAGCACCAGAACUUUCUGAAAAAGCUCUGAAGCAUGCUUGGUUGUAUUUAAAAAUGUGAUAGAUACCGCUUUGCUCCCGUAUCUGCUUCAUAAUCCGCUCAGCUGUUCGCACUGCGGAGAAACACUGGGACACAGCAGCAUCAUGAACUCCAGCUAUAGGGAGAUUUUUCAGCAGCAAAACAAAUAAAGCCAACGUGAAACGAUCAGUAAAAAACAAAGACUGCUCUGAGAGUUUGAAUUAUUAACUGUAUUUAUUGAUGUGUGGUUAAAGAGUAUCUUACGUUCAGUAAGUAGGGGCAGGUCCCGCCUUCCUCACCUCUGAUUGGAUAGAAAGUCUCUCCUACUUACUGAUGAUUAAGAUACUCGCUCACGGGGUGGGACAAGUAUGUCUGAGAGAGGGAGGGCGUCUCAUGAGACCAUCAGUGUUGCCAACGGUCUCUGACAGAAAGUAGCUGAAGUGCCCCAGGGUGUCACACCAAAAUAAAAGCAGGGGGGGUAAAGCUCUCAGCCUGAAAUGUUUUCCCAGUCCAGGCCUGUGCAUGACUGUCUGACUGCUUGUUAUAAGUUUAAAAAUUUGUCAAUGCUAGCUUUUUCUAAAAUAUUGAAAUGGCAGAUGUUAAAAAAUAAAACAAAGUACUACUGUAUCCCACUAGUAUGUGUGAAAAUACCCACUGUUGCUGCACCUAAGAUUUUUUUGGAAUUGUGGGAUCAAGUAAAAUAUUUUUGAAUAUAUUUUAUAUUAUAUUGGGUAGUGUUAGAACGUCAGUGCUUAAUAAUUGUUUUCAUAAUCAUAUGUCCCCAAUUAUUCAGCGGGUCACAUAUAGAAACCUGGUUAUUUUAAACACCUUGGGUCCAAAUUAAUUUUGAAUAUUAUAUGUCUGGGCUAUAAUUUGGAGAAAUACGGCAUGUUCUGUGAAGCAUAUUACAUCUAUGAAUAUGAUCUAUGAAGCUAAUUCCAUGACGCAUGAAUAUUAAUCUAUGCAAUUGCAAUGCCUUCAUUUUAGUGAGGUAAUUACACAAUCUGUAAUUUCUGCAUAACAGACCCAUGUUAAGUAUAACAUACAGACAGACUUCUCAGAUAACAGGAGCAAAGAAAAACUGAAGAAGAAUAUUCCCCUUAUGUUUAAUUUCUACCUUCAUUAAAGAGACUCGGGUUGAUAAAAAACUUGUAACCAGGUACAUGUCUGAAAAUUUAUUUUGUGUAAUGUAUUUUCUUAUUUUUGUUGCAUGAAAAAUCUGUGUAUGUGGACACUCACUAUUUGCCCUCUUUUUCAGGUCCUCACGUGUGUCCUUUACAAGCAGAGGCUCGCUGAUCGACGGCACUGUUACCAGUUCUAGGGCUGACGCACCCACCCACGUCCCCACCCCCGGUGUAUCCUUUACAGCGUAUGCGUGCCAAAGGAGGAGCUGCUGGUUCCAAGAUGAGACCUUUGCUGGACACUUUGAAAGAGACACAGAGCAUUGAGAAGAAAAGGGAUCUUCUUAUCUGCUACCUCGGGGAAAGACAAGAAGAUCUUUUUCAUGACUGCCAGGAAUGUGAGGAUUACACAGACAAUAUGAUGAAGGUGAUCGUGAUCCACAACAUCAUGGCUGAGGAGGAUCCAUCAGAUGUGUUCAUUGUGAUUGAGGGAAAACAAGUGAUGGAGGGAUGUGGAAGCCGAACAAAGGCAUGUGUACAACUGAUGGGACUGAUAUAUGCCCUCAACCUCGAAUAUCCGAAGGAGCUGAAGAACACAUUUGACACUUUUCAAAAACUGUUUUUGGAACUUGACUGGGCGAAACCACUGAACAAGGUCCACGGCCUCAAAAAUAAGCUUAUGCAAUGCACACACAUUUCCCCUCUUGUUCCCAGAGGAUCUUUUGUCCAGGCAUAGCUUGAUGGAGCUGUAAUUUUUCUUCUGACAGCAAGCACAGAAACUACUGAAUGUUGGUGUUAGUGUUCUGUUCUAUUUAUACAUAUGUUUGAUAACGUACAUGCACAGAAACAACCUUGUAGAGUUUCUGUGCUUUUGGCUUUUAAAAUGGACUAAGUGGCCUUUGAAAGUGUUGUCUGCAUUAGCUGUUGUGUUGCACUUUAUUCUGUGUUUUUAUGGAAUAAAAACAUUGAGAUGAUGAACCAUUUGAAUAUCUUUUUUGGGGGGGUACGUUUUACCUUAUAUGAAUAGGUAAUGUUUAUCAACUGAUAAUAAUUAAAUUUUAUUAGUAAUUAUCAGGUAUUACCAACUAGCAAACAAGAGAUAAUUUUACCUAAUUUCAAUGAGUAAGUAGCUGUUGAAUGUAUACAUAAAUAUGGGGUAAAUUUUACCCAAUUUAAUUAAGUAUUUCAUAGCUUUUUAUUGAAGCUAUUUUAUACACAAUAUAUUGAACUAAACCAACCACAAAAAAGGCUAUG